UCAAAUGAUUGGCAAAGUAUCAUUUUGUUAACAGCUGAUUAAUGACUGCCAAAAUACAAAUAAUAAUAAAGAAAAAGAUAAAAAAUUUGACGAAAUUUGUAAAAAUAUUAAAUUAAAUAAAAUGUUGUUCUUAGCCAUACUCUUAAUAUGUUUCUUUUUAACGUUUAUCACAGAUAUAAUUAAAUUUCUAAAAAUUUCUAAAUUGUUUGCUCCAAAACGUGAUGCAGCCACUGCCGGCUUACAACAGGAGCUUCGUAAAGCUCGUGAAGAAUUGCAAAAUGUUAAGAAUUGCGGUCCGGCCAAUGGAGAGUAUUCCCUUUUCAUUAAAACUAUGAGAGCCGAACAAAAAGUUAAAGAUUUGGAACAGAAAAUACGCAGUGAACGUACAGUAGGCCAAUUGAAAGGUGCUUCCGCAGAGCUUAUACUCAAUUAUGGCAUAAAAACUGUGCUCUAUAUUACAUUAGUUAUUAUUUCCAUAAGAAAUCGUUAUAAUCCAGUUCUAAUAUUUGGAGAACAAUUUAAUUUUCAACCUUUACAGGGUCUAUUAACUUUUCCCACGGGAGUGGCAAAUGCCGUCUCUGUACCCGUAUGGGUGUUAUCUUGUAACGUAACAUUUAGAUUAAUUUCUGGACUGAUUAAGCAAAAAUAAAUUAUUUAAAUUUUAGUGAAAGGUGUAAGAAAGCGAAA